AAACAAAAAAAAAAAUCAACACUGUUUGUUUUUGUUCCGCAAUCAUGGACUCAUCGUUUCACUAUGUGCACAGUUGUGAUAUUUUCCAAAAAAUCCAAGUUAAAAUCGGAACGCUGGAGGGCGAGCAGCAGGUUCCGUCGUACGAGAAGCUGCUCGAGAAGCCGCUGCUGAAAUUUUCCGGCCUCAACUCGGAAAAGUGCGCCCCGCUCAAGGUGAGCGUACAAAUCUUCGACGACGACAAACCCGUGGCCCUUCCGGUGACCUCGUCCUACAAGAGCUUUACGAGCCGCUGGAGCUGGAACGAAUGGAUCACGCUGCCGAUCCUGUUCAGCGACCUGUCCCGCCGGUCGGUGCUGGCCGUGACGAUUUACGAUUGUGCGGGGAACCAGGGCGACGAGAUUGUGGUUGGUGGGACGACGAUUUCUUUGUUCGACAAAACUGGGGUGUUUCGCCAGGGGCUGUACGAUUUGAGGCUGUGGCCGGAUGUGGUUGCGGAUGGGAGCUUCUACUCGAAGACCCCGGGAAAGAGCAACGACUAUUGCAACAACCAGAUGCAACGGUUGGCCAAACUGGCGAAGAAGCAUCGCAAUGGCCAGAUCGAGAAGGUGGACUGGCUGGAUCGACUGACGUUCAGGGAGGUGGAGUUGAUCAAUGAGAAGGAAAAACGAAACUCCAACUGCAUGUACUUGAUGGUGGAAUUCCCGGAAGUGCUGGCGGCAGAUCAAACCUGUUCGGUGAUCUACUACGAACCGGACGGGGACAGGAAGUAUUCGUUCGUUCAGAAGCCAAAGCUGGUGACGGUUCCGGAUUCCGAAAUUCUGCAAGAAAAUCUGGUCGAGCGUAAGCACCAUCGCCUUUCACGUUCGGCCCGUUCCGGCUUGUCGGAUCGUGACGCCAAGCCCACGGCCAACGUGCGCGACCUUCUCCAUUCCAUUGUGUACCGAUACUCGUCGACUUCCCCACUGAGCAGCGAGGAGCAGGAUCUGGUGUGGAAGUAUCGGUUCUAUCUGAGCAACCAGAAGAAGGCUUUGGCCAAAUUUUUGAAAUGCAUCAACUGGGAAACCAGCACCGAGGUACGCCAGGCGCUUGCCUUGCUGGCCAAGUGGGCCCCGAUGGACGUGGAAGAUGCUUUGGAGCUGCUGAAUUCGUCCUUCAGCCACCCGACCGUACGACGCUACGCGAUUUCACGUCUCGACCAGGCCCCGGACGAAGAUCUGUUGCUGUAUCUUCUGCAGCUGGUCCAAGCGCUCAAGUACGAACACUUUGACGAAAUCUUCAAAUCCUACAAACUCAUGUCCGAGAAAGAUAUGAUGAAAUCGUUUGACGAAAACUCGGCGGAAAACAAUUUUGAAGUCUUCUCCAACUCGGACGAGAGUUCGUCCCUGUACCAGGAAGGCAAACUCCCGUCGAAUGCAUCCGGCGGCGAUGAAAGUGUCACUGAAAAUGUAGCUUCCGUCAGCGAAACGAGAGAUCCAUCGGUUCCGUUCAACCUGGCCACGUUUCUGAUUCAUCGUGCGUGCAAAAAUUCCACCCUGGCGAACUAUCUGUACUGGUAUCUGUCGAUCGAAUGCGAAGAAGAAACCGUCCGCAAGCAGGACGAACGUGUCCGAGAGAUGUACGUUACGGUUCUGAAGAACUUUCUGCGUCACCUGUCGACCGGAAACACCGCGCUCAAGGUGAUUCAUCACAAUUUAAAGGAACAGCAACGAUUCAUUGACAACCUGGUCAAGCUGAUCAAGAUCGUCGCCAAAGAACCGGGCAAUCGAAAGAAAAAGACCGAAAAGUUCCAGCUCCUACUCUCGGAUACGGACGCGCUGAAGGCCAACUUUACCAAGUUUGAACCGCUACCGUUUCCGCUGGACCCAAACAUUCGCAUCCGUGGCAUCCUUCCGGAGAAGGUCACACUGUUCAAAAGUGCGCUGAUGCCGUCCAAACUUACAUUUCUCACUACGGAGUCCACCGAGUACGUGGCGAUCUUCAAGCACGGUGACGAUCUGCGCCAGGAUCAGCUUAUUCUGCAGAUGAUUACGCUGAUGGACAAACUUCUCCAAAAGGAAAACCUCGAUCUGAAGCUGACCCCGUAUCGCGUGCUGGCCACCAGUUCCAAGCAUGGCUUCAUGCAAUACAUCGAAUCAAUCACCGUUGCGGACGUCCUCAACACCGAAGGCAGCAUCCUGAACUUCUUCCGCAAGCAUCACCCCUGCGAAUCCGGUCCGUACGGAAUCGUGGCCGAUGUCAUGGACACGUACAUCAAGAGUUGCGCCGGUUAUUGCGUGAUAACGUACUUGCUCGGCGUUGGCGAUCGGCACUUGGACAACCUGCUGCUCACCAGCACCGGCAAGCUGUUCCACAUCGAUUUCGGGUACAUUCUCGGCCGGGACCCCAAACCGAUGCCGCCGCCGAUGAAGCUCAGCAAGGAGAUGGUGGAAGCGAUGGGUGGACUCAACUCGGAACACUACCAGGAGUUCCGCAAGCUGUGCUACACGGCGUUCCUGCAUCUGCGGCGCCACGCCAACGUGAUGCUGAACCUGUUUGGGCUGAUGGUGGACGCGUCGAUUCCGGAUAUCGCGCUCGAGCCCGACAAGGCCGUCAAGAAGGUGGAGGACAAUCUGCGGCUGGAUCUGUCGGACGAGGAGGCGGUGCAGCAUUUGCAGAACUUGCUGGACAUUUCCAUCACGGCCGUUAUGCCGGCGUUGGUCGAACAAAUUCACAAGUUGGCUCAGUACUGGCGGAAGUAAGCGCAAGCGCCCAUAAAUUAUGUUAUGUUGUAUCUGUAAUCCAAACGUAAGUUGAUAUUGAAUGAGUAAAAUAUUAAAGUAGUUGAAAGUG